AUGAUUAUCAUACUCUUAGUAAUAAAAGUGAUUUGUAUAUUUCCUAAUACUUAAUUGAAAGAAGGAUAAGAAAUUUCUCUAUACCCAACAGUAGGAGAAUUUUAUGAAUACUACCUUGGAACUUUUCUAUCAAAAUCUUAAUUAAUUUGCAGACUGCAUCCUUAAGUUCCAAAUGUGUAAUUAAUCAAUCAAUGUGAAGAAAUAUACCGAACAAAAGGGAAUUGUAAGUGAUUAAGAUUAUUAUUAUAGAAUUUAUUUCAACGUCGUCAAAUAAUACACAUUUUGGUACACUAUCUAAUAAUAAUGAAAUAAUUAUAUAUGAAUGGAAGAAUUAAAUGAUUCAAUAAGUUGGAGUAUCUGUAUUAAUUGAUCCUUUGUAUAAUUGUUAUAAUAUUGAUUUGUUCUAAAAUUAGACAAUUUUGGUGGAUUGCUAUUAUAACAAUGAAGUCUUAUUAAUUCAAAUAAUAGAUUCUUAAUCAAUAAUUGCUUAUUAAAUAAAAUCAAAUUUACCUACUUCAACUAAAAUAUAAUCAAUUUUAAAUGGAACAAAUACAUUUAUUGUAUAUGCCUAAUAUUUUAAGAAAUAUUCAAUACUUACACUAUUUUCAUCAUCAUUUUAAAAUUUAAGUAGCUUAAAUAACUAAUUUAUCGAUUUUGAUAUACCAAUCACAAUAAGUCCAAAUAUUUAUGCAAUUACUUCCUAAGAGUUAUUUUAGUUAUAAAUAUCUCCAGAUUCUUAAUUUAAUUUUGUAUAUAAUUUUAGCUAUAAUAAUAUGAGGAAUUUUAAAACCAUUAAUGUUUAUUACGAUUUUUAGAGUGCCUCUUAAUGCGAUUAAAUAUAGUUAUUAUGCCAAAAAGGGUUAACUACCUUAUCAAAUUUUACAGUGGUAGAACUAUUUGGAUGUGAAAGGUAAAUAAUCUUCUAAGAUUAUAAUUGCCCAAUUAAAAAUUGUGAGUCUAUACAGAAGAUACUCUAAAAUGCUUAAUUUAUAAUCUAUUAAUCAAUUAAUAGAACAGCUAUUUUUUAAAAGUAAAAAACAUAAUUAUAUUAUUUUUAUCAAAAUACUCAAAGUAAUUAACUAUUAUAUUUCAGUAACGAUAAUCAGUUAUUUUAAUUUGAUAAAGAAAUUUUUGUUUAUUAAAUUUCACAACCAUCAAUAUAAAUCAACUUGACCAAAUUUGAAACUCCAGAAAAUUCAUCCUAAUUUACUUUAAAGUGUUUCAAUUAUAAUUAAAUUUAUAAUUUUAGUUUAAUUAAUAUAUAUCUUUAAAUACUAUCUAAGUAAGAUACUAAUAUUUAUGUAAUGUCUAAUGAUGGGUUUAAUAAUUUACUUUUUUUUUAGUAUCAUUCUUUUCAAAAAUUAAAUUUUUCUGAUUAUUCAGGUUAAUUGUUAAAUUAUACCUUAAAUAAAAAUGAAUCCUAUUUUAAUCUUUAUCCAAUAACUUUAUCAAAUUAUGGUAAAAUUAAUUAGACUUAUUAACUUAUAUAAAUAUUAGUAUUAAAGAUCAAUUAAGCCUAACAAUACUUUAUAGGAUAUAAUAAUUAAAAACUUGAUAUUUUUAUUUUCGCUUUCAACUUCAAAAAUUAUUCAUACUAAUUUAAGCUAUAUCAAUCAAUUAACAUCUCUGUCAAUGCAAUUUCUUUAUAAGUUGCCUAUAGUAUUUAUCCAAGUAUGCUUAUAAUUGGUCUCAGUACUAAUGAUACAAUCUAUUUGAUUUAGUACAACUAUGAUAAAAAUAGUAUCAUUAGUUCAAAUUAUACUUUUGAAUAAUAAUUCUCCGAUUUUGUAGUAACAUAUAAUAGUAUAAUAAUUCUAAUUGAAUAAUAAGAUAUUCAAAUAUUAACAUUUAAUUAUACAGUUACAUAUACUUUAAAUUAAUAGUCAAUAAAUAAAUUAUUUAAUAACAUUACAUUCAAUCCAAUAUAAAUAGUUGUGAAUACAUAAUCAUUAUCAUCUUUUGUAUAUAUCAACAAUAUAAAUGAAGUAAUAAUAAUAUCAAUAGAUUAAAAUAGUUAUCCAAUACCAAUAUCCUUGAUUUAAGUCAAUUUUACAAUAAAAUAGAUAAAUUUAGUAAACUAAUAAUUGAUAUUAUCUUAUAUAUGUAAUAAUCAAAACAAUAUUUGCUUCUAAGUUUGGAAUGUGUAAAAUUUACCAAAAUAUUAUUAUGUAAAGAAUCUAUAUAGUGUCAAUUUUGAUAAUAAUAUAAUAAUAUAAUCAGAUAAUUUAUUCUUUUAUGUUACUUUUAGCAAUUAUACUGUUUAUGUUUAUAAUCCUUUAUUACCAUAUCAUAUGAGUUUAUAUUAUAAAUUAGAAUUAACAUCACCUAUUUAAUGUACUGAGUAAUUUUAUUUAAACAAUCCAUUAUCAGUAAUAAUUGCUAACAAUUAUUUAUAUACUCUUUAGGAAUUAUAAUAGUUUAAUCUAACUGUUUAAUAAUCCAAUUAUGUAUUUAACAAUUCAAUAAGUUAUCCUUAAUUAACUUUUAAUUAUACUGUAACUUCAGCAUUAAAUAACAAUACUUUUUAACAAACUCCUAAUUAAAGUAUUAUUUUUUAUUUAAACUUCACAUAAUUUUAGGAUUUAAGAAAUUUAUCAAUUGAACUAAGUAAAGAUAAUAUAAUCCCUUAUUCUAAAAAUUUUUCAUAUCCAAUGAAUUUAAUUCUUGAUAGAUAAGUUGGAUAUUGUUAUUUAAAUAAUAUCCUAGGUUCAAAUCAAUAUUGUAGUUUAACUUAAUUUUUACAAUAGUCUAGUAACAUUUCGAAUAUUCAGAAUUACUCAUUAAUUACUUCAAUAAAUAACGAAUAUUUUGCUCUACAGAGUAAUUCAUCCAUUUAAACUUUAAGUAGUGAUUUAAGAUAUCUAUUUUAUUUUAAUUAUACAAAUCUUACAUUUAGUUAAUGUUUACAAUCUACCUCAUAUAUUUACUAAUUAUAUUCAAUUUGUUAAAAUAGUACUUCAUAAUACUUACUUAACUUUACAUUAGAUUCUUAAGGGUUUAUAUUAAAUCUGAAUACAAUUUAACUUCCUUAAACUUUUUAAAAGAUAUCCAAAAUGAGCAGCAUUUUAAACUAAAUUUUUAUCUUAGGUACAUUUACUUAGAUAAUAUAAUCAUAAUAAUUGUAUUGGUUUAACUAAUCUAAUAAUAACUUUUACUAGAUAUCUAAUUCAAGUGGUUUAUGUCAAGACUUCUCUAUUGCUUAAAUAGUUACAACUAUUUCUGCUAUUUAAUAAUAUUAAUAACUAAUUGUGUUUUAUAUUCAAAUUGGUGAAUUAAUUUAAAACCUUAGUUUUAAAUAUAUAUCAAUUCAAAAUAACUAAGUCAAAAUCCAAAAAAGAAAUUUUGUAGCAUCUUAUCUUUGCUAUUAAUAAAAUAAUUGUAAAUUAAUACUUCCUUCUUUUGUUUUAAUUAUGUAAACAUACAAUAAUAGAGUAAUUAUUUUAUUAAGUAAUUUUGCUAAUCAGGAUAUUAGUGAGAUAAUUGAAUUUAGAUUACAAUAAAACAUAUUUUAUUUUGUAAUUAUUGGUACUAUUCCAAAUUAUGGUAAUUUAACAAAUACUGGUAAUAAUUUUUAUAAAAAUGGUGUUUUGAUGCAAUAAUUCUAAUCUAAUACAGUAAACAUUGUUGGAGUUUAUUAUUUAAAUAAUAAUAAUUAUUUGAAUAAUCUCUUAAAUGGAGAUAUAUUGAAACCAAUUUUGAUGUUAGGUUCAUUUACUGCAACAAAUAACUCUUAUGCAAUGAUUGUAAAUUAAGAAUACAAAAAUGGAACAACCCUUUAUAUUUCUAACUAAAUAAUAUUUAAUUAUUCAUUAAGUACUUGGAAUGUAACAUGUGUUUUGAAUAGCCACACAAAAUAUAAAGCUAAUGUUACUAUAUUUUGUGAUAAUGAAUUUUCAAAUGGUAUUUAUAACAUUUUCUUCUAUCCUCCUUAAUUAGACAAAGUUAGUAAAAGGUGGAUAUAUGCUCUGCUUACAAUAAUUGCUUUGCUUUUAUUUUAUUUUUACAUUAAAGUUAAAUCCAAGACAAAGAAUUUAGGAUAUAUUAAUGCAGAAAUUGAAUUAUGA